AUGUCGUGGACCCAACCUAAAGUAAUUGCCAAGAACCGAAUCCAACAGUCUAGUCAACAGUACACCAAGCAAGUGGACAAAGUGUCUUCACCAAAUAUGUCUAACAUGAUGAAAGUUUGUCUGGUAGUCGUUCUUGUUUUCAUUGCAGAUGGCAGUUCAAAUGAAGACAAAUGUGCACAAGUAUUAUUUCCAUGUUUCUUUGCGAAUUCUCAAGUAGUUAAUUUUGCACGAUACUUCAGUGAGUUAAACAACGAUAAACUUCCAACCUUGUGUGGCGAAAUGAUUCGUUGGAAAACUUGUAAAACUAAUAUCAGCGACGUCUGCGGUGACUCUCAACCUUAUUAUUUGAAGAUGAGUGUAGAACUGUUGUCUUAUGCAGAAACCAUUUGCAGCAAUAAUGGAAAGAAAGAUUUUGAAAAGCUUCAGGAAUCGGGGUGUGUAGCUGAACAGGACAAAUACGAACAAGUGAAGCAAGCUUCGUUAUCCUGCCACAAUAGCACAAGCGUCACCAGUGAUAAGGCUGAUGAAUGUGUGAAAAAAGCGAUACCAGCGGAUUGUGGUGAUGCCGGCACAAAACUGCUUGUUAAACUAAUGGGUCACAUCUAUCGUGCCUUUUCUCAAUAAUCAUUAAAUAAGAAUGGAUAAAAAAAUAAAA